CGUUUUCCCUAUUCCAGCAAAUCUGAAGCAGUUUCCAGAGCCACGUUAGCGCCAUCCAGAUUGCCAUGCCAUGCCAUAGGAAGUUGUAGGACCAACCAAGGAGAUCCUCCUGGGGGUGCCUCGGAUGUCGUCCCACCUUUCAGCUUGGAGGUGCCUGCAGCUCUGGGCUCUGUUGAAUACUGUGAGCGCUGAGGAGCCUGAGGAGCCUGGGGAGCCUUGUUCCAAGGCACUGGGCUUCAACGAAUCCUCUGGACCCAAGGAUCGCAGCAAUCAGGACCUUAGCUUUUGUGAUGAACAUCACAAGAGGACAUGCUGUGAGCGAAACCAUACAAAGCAGGUCAGAACUGCUUUUGCAGGGUUUUCGCAUGAAAGAUCUGGCAGGUGUGCUCAGAUGGGUCGUUUGGCAUUUUGCUCGAUCUGUGAUGGAGAUGUUGGCAUCGGCAUAAAGGCGCAAGACAGCCUGGUUGUCCUUUGCCCCUCCUUUUGCAGGUUGUGGUUUGAAUCUUGCGCGCAAGAUUUCUUUGCUCCUGGAACCUCUGCAGCCAAGCUGACAGAUUUUGGCAAUAGUGUGAUUUGCACCUUUGAAUUUGGUGGUAGGUCAAGUAGGUACCAGGAGCAGGGAUGCAGUAGAACGGCGCUUGACUUGUGGGUCCGGUGGACAUUUUGCCAGGGCUCCGUAGCACCUUGUGGACCUAGCGCCCUGGUGUGUAGCCCGCUGAGCGAGAUUACCGAGGACCCUGCAGCUUUUUGCUCGGGUGCUGGUUUUGAAGUGGCUGAAAGCGAGGAUGCUGCCGAGGAACCUUGUUUUGAUGGAGUUCCAGCUGCGAAAAUGAGAGGAAAGGCGCCAAGGGCCCCAUGGACCCCUCCAAGACGCAAAGAACCAAGCCUUUGGAGGCGUGCAAUGGACUCGUGGUAUCGCAGUGGUGUCCCCUUCUGGCUUGAGGAGAAUGCGCCCGGACUUGCGAUUGCUAUUGUGGCCGCAGCAGUGGGAUGGUGCCAGAAACGAGAUGUUGCAUGAACGAAAAAGAUAACGCAAAGGAGCUGUUCACACUGCUGAGGAAGCAUGAUGGAUUUGUGUGAGCGAAAAAAGUAGGGAAAUGGCGACCCGGUGGUCCACAAUGCAGGGUUGCAGGUUGCAGAACCCUGUGACAAGACCGUUGUAGUCAUG